UCAUGGCCACCAGCACAGUGAGAACAGGCUUAAAAGGUCCCAGCACAGCAUUCACUGCAAGCUGAAUGACAGCAAUGGCUCAUCUGAAGCUUCUUCUUCUUCUGUGUGUUGGCAUCACAGUCAGCACAGGAGUAGAUUUGCACAAAAGGAUCUAUGGAGGCCAAAAGUGUCCAGACACUGAGCGUCAGUAUCACGUGAAACUAAAGGCAACCAAUGCAACACAUGAAAGUCUCUGUGGUGGCUCACUGAUCCAUGAACGGUGGAUUCUGACUGCAGCCCACUGCUGGGAAAAUGAACCUGGAUGGUAUAUGUAUGCAACUUUAGGAGUUCAUCCAUCAUGGAUAAAGUUAUUAUUUCAACGAUCUUCAGAUAAAAAAAAAAAGGUCAAAAUCACAAGUGGAUCAUUUUUUGUGGGCAUAAAUACGUUUGAUGACAUCAUGCUACUGGAAAUUCCUUCACAACCAGGCAGGAAAACCGUUGCCUUACCAGACUGUGCAAAUCCUCCCAAAAUAAAUGACGUCGUUCAGGUGGCAGGCUUUGGGAAUUACCAGGUAGAUAAGAACAACAAUGAAAUCACUGGCCAACCACCUCAUCUAAAGUGUGCAGACAUGCAUGUUGUUGACUGUGGACCUACCAGAAACUCUCAAUGUGAUGCACAUGUGCCGUAUAACAACAGGCUGUGUCUGAAAGAACCUAAUGUAGAUACACGUAAGGGUGAUUCUGGUGGUGGAGUGAUUUACAACAACAUGAUUUAUGGGGUAAUCAGUAGCGGUUAUAAACGUGCCUGUACUGGACCAACUGUUACUGUGAAUGUCUGUCCUUACAUGAACUGGAUAAACCAGAAAAUUAAUCCAAAAAGUAAUGGAAAAUAACUGAAGGAAAAUAACAUUCAGAAUAAACAAUCAUCUCUACAUGAAA